GCUCAAGUAGACUAUAAAUGUCAGCUAAUGUCUAGAGCAGGCAGACUCAGUUCCCCUCUUCUGUAGACACAUUCACCCACAAAGCCAUCAAUCAUGUUUGGACCAAUCAUAGCACUGAGCCUGGUGGCUGCUGUAUUAGCACAAUACAACGUGGCUCCUCAAAACAGCACAUACACCAACAGCCAACCCACAUACACCAACAGCCAACCCACAUACACCAACAGCCAACCAACAUACACCAACAGCCAACCCACAUACACCAACAGCCAACCCACAUACACCAACGCCCAACCCACCUACAACAACGCCCAGCCCACCUACAACAACGCCCAACCCACCUACAACAACGCCCAACCCACCUACAACAACGCCCAACCCACCUACAACAACGCCCAACCCACUUACAACAACGCCCAACCUGAAACCUACAACAACGCCCAACCCACUUACAACAACGCCCAACCCACCUACAACAACGCCCAACCCACCUACAACAACGCCCAACCCACUUACAACAACGCCCAACCCACCUACAACAACGCCCAACCCACCUACAACAACGCCCAACCCACUUACAACAACGCCCAACCCACCUACAACAACGCCCAACCCACCUACAACAACGCCCAACCCACUUACAACAACGCCCAACCCACCUACAACAACGCCCAACCCACCUACAACAACCAACCAACCGCCAGCCCACAAAGCUCCGACUACUCAAACGACGGCGCCUUCUUGUACUACGUGAACACCCAGCACGUCGACGCCUACAACCAACAACAGCCAGCCUACACCAGCCAACCCACCGGCUACACCAGCCAGUCUAGCUAUGGUGCUGCAAACUACGCUCCACGGAAAAGCCGCAAGAACAGAAGGGCUAACCGUCUCUUUAGCCGUUACAACAAGCAAGGUCAAUACAACAACCAAGGUCAAUACAACCAAGGUCAAUACAAUAACCAAGAUCAAUACAACAACCAAGGUCAAUACAACAACCAAGGUCAAUACAACAACCAAGGUCAAUAUAACAACCAAGGUCAAUACAACCAAGGUCAAUACAACCAAGGUCAAUACAACAACCAAGGUCAAUCCAACCAAGGUCAAUACAACAACCAAGGUCAAUACAAUAACCAAGGUCAAUACAACAACCAAGGUCAAUCCUACAAUGAUUAUUCAAAUGGAAACUACCCAUGCGGCCAAAAAGAUGACGGCAAGACCUACGCCAUCCCCUACGCUUGCUACGGCUACUUCGAGUGCUACUACGGCGAGGCCCUCUAUCGCCAGUGUGACAACUACUACAGAUUCGAGGCUGGCAAAUGUGUGCCCGACCAGUCCUGUGUCUACGUUGCCCCAGUCACCACCAACUACGGCACCACCAACUAUGGUAACACCAACAGCCAACAGGGAACUAAAUACUAAGUCUCACAAUGUAUCAGAGGGAAAUUUCAGAAACAACAUAAGAAACAUAUAAACCAGUACCUUCCCCACCUAGCCCAUCAAUAACCUGAUGUAUCUUUGCUUUUUUAGUCGAGUUUCAAUAAACGAACCUUCAA